AAAAAAAUUUAAAUUAAAUUAAAUUAAAAUAUUUUAAUUUAAUUUUAAAAUAAAAAAUAAAAAUGCAGUUGUAUAGAAAGAAAUUAUUAAUAUUUUUAUGUGGAAUAAUUACUUUAUAUGUUCUCUUCAUAUCUGUUGAUCCAUUCAAUAAUAAUGUUAUUACGAUAAAUGAAAACGUAAUUUUGCAUGUGAAUAAAAGAAUUGUCACUCUUCCUCCAACGACAACGGUUAAAAAAAAAUUACGUGUUAUAAAUGAAACUGAUUUUUCUUGCUACACCGAAACAACUGAUCCUGAUGGUUUAAUGGAAUUAAAUUACUCCAAUGAAAAGGAAGGACCAACAUUGGGAAAAAGUAUUUUCUUUCACGAGACUUCCUGCUUUGGAGACAGUGAAUUGCUCCUAAAUCCAAGAGAAGCAUGUGCAGUCGAAUCAGCAGCCCUUAUGAAUCCAAAUUUAACCAUCUACCUCCUGUUUUUAAGCGGUUCAAAAGUCUCCAUCUCGGCAAAACAAUUAAUUCAACAUCUCUUGUUAUACAAAAAUAUAAAAAUACGUCGAAUUAAUAUUGAUAAAUACAUAAAAAAUACACCAUUGGAAAAUUGGUACGCCACUGGUAUUCUAAAAACGAGUAAAUGGCCAAGAAAUCACAUGUCCGAUAUUAUGAGGUAUCUCACUUUAUGGAAGUACGGAGGAAUUUAUAUGGAUCUUGACGUUGUUGUCAUCAAAUGUUUGGAGGAUUUGGAAAAUUUUACAGGUGCCCAGGACGCAAAUGAUGUUGCCGCUGGUGUAAUUGGUUUUGGAAUGAAUCCACUUGGUAGGAAAAUGGCAAACGAUUGUAUAAUAGAUUUGAAAAAUAAUUUUUUGGGUUGGGCCUGGGGGCACAAUGGUCCAGGUGUAAUAACUAGAACACUGCAAAGACAAUGCAACGCAACCAUUGCACAAAAAAUGACAAAGGACAAGUGUCAGGGUUUCCAGGUAUUCCAACCUUCCGUUUUUUAUCCAAUUUUUUAUCCAAGUUGGAAAAAAUACUUUGUGACAAAUGAUUUUAAUGCAACAAUGAAAACAAUUGAAAAUUCAAAAGCAAUUCACGUUUGGAAUAAAUUCAGUAAAACUGAAAAACUUCAAGUCGGUAGUAAUGUACCGUAUGGAAAAAUAGCCGAAAAAUAUUGUCCGAAAACAUACAAAAAUUGUGGCAAAACGUUUUAAAAUAAAACGAUAAUAUUUUUAGAAUAAUUUAAUGUUAUUUUAUAAAUAACAUUAUACAAGAAUACCGAUGUAUAUUAAAAAAACUG